AUGGCGGGCGGUAGCGAGGCCGAGACGGACAAUGCACGCCUCGACGAUGACGUUGAGGCGUACGGGUGCUUCGUGCGCGGCGAGUGGGAUGCGGCUUGCCUGCUUUUGCAGCGCACUUUGGCGUCCCGGCCAGGCGACCUCCGCGCGCACCACAACCUCGCGAUCGCGAGCUUCAUGCGCGACGGCGACGCGCGCGCCCUCGUGGAGCAGCUCGCGCGCCUGCUCCGGUGCACCAGCGUCCUCGCCCGGCGCUCCGCGGCGGCCCGCGCCGCCGACGCAGGCCUCCAGAACGACGACCUCGCGCCCUCGGACGACGCCGUCGCGCAGCAGCUCGCCGUUGUGGACGAAGACGCCAGGGACCGUCCUGCAGCGCAGGGUUUCGUGCAGGUGGCGGCGAGCGCGGCCGCGCUGGCGUCCUCGGCGCCGUGCGGGCCGUGCCACAUGGCCGGGCUCGACCACCGCACGCUCGCGGUCAACACGGCCGUCGCGCUCGCCGCGGGGGGGCGUCUCGCCACAUCAUACCACAUCCUGACAUCACUCCUCCCCGAGUCCGACCUGGCGGAGCCCGAGGCCGCGCUGCAGGCGUGUGCCCUCGCGGCUGCGAUCGCGAUUCACGCGCGCGACGCCGCCGGCGCGGAAACCGCGCUGUCGCACCUCGAGAGGGCGCUUGCGCGCGCAGCGGGCGCGGGGCGCGGGGAGCGGGGCCCGCGGCCGGCGCGCGGGGCGGACGAGUGGCGCGCGGUCGACGCCCUGCUGCGUGCGCGGCUCAGCGUCGUCCUCGGCGACCCCGCCGGGGCCCGGGAGUACGUGGCACGUGCCGAGAUGUUCGACGGAGGGGGUGAUGAGCCGUCGCUGAUGCACGGGGGGCUGCUGGUGGCGGCGGGGCAGCCGCGCAUGGCGUUGCGCGUCCUGGAGGACGUGGCGGGGCCAGGGACUGCGCCGCCGGGGGCGCGGGCGGCGGCGCGGCUGCUGGCGGGGCGGGCGUGGGGUGCCGCGGGGGCGCGGGCGGCACAGCAGGCUUCGCUGGUCGGUGCGGUGAGCGGGGCGUGCAAGGUCGUCGGCGGGCACCUGCUGGCGGGGGCCGGGGCGGCGUGGGUCGCGGCGGACGCGGCGUACGCGCUGGGGGGGGGGUUUCUGCGGGACGGUCACGUGGUGGACGCGGCACGGUGUUUCGUGCGCGCGGCGCCGGAGCGCGUGGGGUCUCCGGAGCUGUGGGUUCGUCUUGCGGAGUGCUGCGCGCACGCGGGGCGCCGGGACGCCGCGCCGGACUGGUCGCGCCGCUGCGGCUGGCGGGCAGUGUGUGCGGCAGCUGGGGGUGGUUUCCCUGACGCCGCAGAGGCCCUCGCGGACGCGGAGUGCGCCGCGGUGCUCGCGGCGAUCGAGGGCGCGGCGCCGCUGGCGCCGGACGUGCUCGCGGGGCCCGACGCGUGCAGCGCGGAGGUGCGGUGCAGGGAGGCGGCGCGGCGGUGCGCGCGCGUGGCGCUGCUGCUCGCGCGCGACGAGGCGGCGGAGCUGGGCCGCGCAGCCGCGGCGGCGGAGGGGCGGGGGACGGGCGAGUCGGCCGUGCGGGCGGCGUGGCUCGCGGCGGAGGCGGAGGCGGCGCUCGGAGUGGCGCGACACGCCGCCUUGCUGCACGCAAUGUGCUCGCUGGAGGUGGGGUGCCCGAGCGAGGCGCUGACGUCGGCGCGGGAGGCGCUGCAGGGCGUGGACGCGGGAGGAGACCAGGAGCGGCUCGCGCCGCUGGCACACCUCUACGCCGCGGAGGCGUGCAUGGCGCGGAACGACGCGGACGCUGCCAUCGCGCACCUCAGCAUGGCGCUCUCAGUCGUCGGGGGCUCGAGUCCCGCCGGCGACGGCGCACCACGGGAGCGCGCAGGCGGGGAGGGCGCGGUGGAGGCGGCGGCGAACGUCGGGCUCGCGGCGGCGUACCUCGCGCAGGAUCUGCCGGCGCAGGCGCGGGCGUGUUUGGCGCGGGGCGAGGACGGCGUGACGCAGGGGGGGAAUGCGGACGUUCGCGACGCGCGUGCGUGGCAGGCGGCGGUCGCGGGCGCCGAAGUCUGCUUGGAGGUGCACGAGGGGCGCAUGGGGGAGGCGCAGGAGGCCGCUGAACGGCUUGCGGCGGAGCUGCGCCGACGAGCUGCUCAGCAAACUGGCAGUGGGACUUGGAUGGAUGCAGCGCCGCCUGCGGGCCGGGGAGGACCGGGUCCGGCGUCCUAG